UUCAACUACCAAAAAGGCUUCCGUCCUGCUCUCUCGCGUCGCUGUGCCUAGGUAUAUCUACUGACCAAGGCAAGAUAGACACAUAAACUCUAAAUCACGUAUCUAACGAGAUUUUUUGCAAACUACAAGUGUUUCUAAAGAGGUAUUGGAGUGGAGCAGGAGAGAGAUCCGGGUUGAUAUUGCAAGGUUUAUCUCUCCAGAGACUGGGAACCGCCCACAGAUAUCCAUGGAAAUAAUCUUUGGCUGGGGUCCUGCCACUUGUCUGUUCAUUUCGAGAACGAUCUCCAGCCCCGGGAGAGGUUCCUCGGCCAAGUCCGCCAAGUCUUUAACCACGUGAGAAAAUAAUCUGCGUGGUUUGAUUGGCCAUCGACAUGACAUAAUUCCCGGCCGCCAGAUCCCGCUCACACACUUUUCGGGAUUGCUGAUAUUAGGCGCAAAAGAGGGCUACCAGUGUCCGAUCGCGCCAUUGAACAGUAUGCCGAUCUAAGAAAUCCCGUCCGGACAGCCUAAUGGAUUUAAAGGGAUAACAGAAAACGAACAAAAGAAAGGCAUUUCGUACUAGCUGGGCUCCUCUCACGUCCCUCCCUCCCCACGGCCCCAUGACGUCUACGCCCCUUUUGACAUUACAAUAACAAGGACGAAGUAACCUAUUGGGCAAAUUCCCUUUCCAACAAUGCCUCCUCAUCUCCAUCCGCGGUCACGCUCGACCGUCUCCCUCUUCACACUUACCCUCAUGUCGUCUCUCGUCAUUGUGGGCAUACCACAUCUCUUCCCCUGCCCCGUGCCACGACACGCAUACGCCGACUCCGAAAUGAUCAUGUCCGCCGAUGGACAGCAGAAGAUGGUACGGAAACGAAGAAGAAAGCCUGUUGAAGCCCAGCCGGCCGGUGAAAGUGAUGUGAAUUCAACUAUGAUAAAUACCACCCCACCUCGCACGAUGAAGCCGGGGUAUUCGUCACGACGCCAACAAGAGGGACUUUUAGAUGAUGACAUUGUGAAAUUCCGGCAGAUGGAAGAGGAGGCAAGGAAUUUACAGAAUGUUAAGAGGGAAUGCCCCGUGCCGAAGCCCGGGGGUAUGGUUGGGGAGCUGCUGGGUUUUAAGAAUCAAGAUCAGGGGAGAGGGAGAGAUGGGAUCCCAAGAGCGGACAUUCCGGGGCGGGGGAACGGGUCUUGAAUAUUUGAUUUAUUAAAAAAAAAAUUCAUUGCAGGCAGGAGGAAGGAUACUGUAACAUAUAGACAUCGCGAUAUGCGGGAUUGCAUGUGGACCCUUGGAUAUGUCUUUAUAUGGCUUUGUUGGGCUUAUUCUCUGCUCGUGUCUUUAUUUAUUUCGACCUUGAAAUGGUGAAUGGGUAAACAUGGAUUGUAUAGUUAAACAUUUACAUUGUAUAUUAAUAUUGCAUUUACUGGGGACUGGAAGCCAUGCAAGAACUCGAAAAGGCACGGUAUUUUUUCCCCACUCUCUCACUCAUCAGUGAUUCUUCAUCUCUAACCAAGCCCGCCCUACUGGUGAUUUUUAUAUACUUAGACAUUGCCUCCACCAAUCUGCAUCGACCCUAGCUUCUAUUUUUAGAGUUCCCAACCAAAACUUGAAAAUUUUGUGAAC